CAGAGAGACGAAGGCUACGGAACAUGUGAAUUGGGUCAAGGUAGGAAGCUGGAGACUGAGGCAUGAAGAUAAUGAGGACUAUGGAGUCGGAUGCCUCUUUGGCGAGUAUUGGAUCUAAUGCCCAACAAUGUAUCCUUUACGCUUGCUCUGGCGGCAGUCAAGGAGCAAUAUCAAAAGCGGAUCAAAACAAUACAAGAUGUGAUGGAUGGGAUCGACACUUUAGAGUAUCCAGAGACAACACUAUCUGAAUCUUCUAGCUGCCACUAUCAAAUGUACAUGCAACUUGGUGCCAUUGACUCGAGUGUUCGAUCCACGGCAGUUAAGGAGCUUGAACGAGAAUGGGCGUCGCCGCAGGGUAUAUCAACAAUUAAGCCUCCACCGCUCAACUCGACAUUAUUCCUAUACUCGCCUAACUGCCGCUUGACGCUGAGUGUGGAAAAAGCAGACGGAAUGAAGCGAGAAAAAUUCUAUGCCAAGGCUGUCAAUUAUGCGGGGAUGGCAGGAACUCUUGCCUUUAUUCAAGUUUUUCUCCUUGUUCGCCAAAUGGAAUAUACACCUACGCCGUCUAGUGUUUCUAAAGUAUCGUAUUGGACAAUUGCAAUCCAAGUUUUUAUCGAUUCGUACUUAUGCAUGCUCCAUUUAACAACCGGGGUUUUAGUUGACUUUCUUUUCAUCCCUUUUGUCGCUGCUUCGUUCUUUUCUUUUGUUCUGGUUGCUAUCUUCGGCAUGCGCUACAUGCUGGUCAUCUGGCGGAUACAGAGGCCAGAGCGACGUGGCAGACGCAAUCAGGCAGCAGCAGCAGCGGCACCGGCAGCCACACCGGCUUCUGACAGUAACAGUAGUAAUAGCAAUGGUGACUCUGGAAACGGAGCCGGCACUGCAGAGAACAUCCGACCCACAGAUACUAUGCCUGGCGGCCUGCCACUUCCAGUUACAGCGGCUCGGCCAACAGUAACGGACGACUCUGAUAAUCCGAGAGCAGAUAUGCAGGCGCUCUAUGGACGAUUUUAUUGGAUGCUUAUUAUCAGUUUGGUUACACUUUAUAAGAUCGCAGUGAGCUCGGAAAGGGUUCAAAAUCUGAUGAUUUCAGUUUGUGCAUUAUGUCUUUUCUCAUUUUGGAUCCCUCAAAUCGUCAGGAACGUGACACGAGGAUCAAAACGAGGACUUGACCUGCGGUUCGUGCUUGGAAUGAGUAUCACAAGGCUAGUUCUGCCUAUUUAUUUUUACGCAUGCCCUAAUAAUCUGAUGGGGCAUGAGCCAACUUUGUGGAUCUGGGGACUUGUGUUGUGGGUUGCUCUCCAAGUUUGUGUCCUAUUGUUACAAGACUGGCUUGGGCCACGGUUCUUUGUGCCUAAGAAGUACUUGCCUCCGGUCUAUGAUUACCAUCCUAUCUUACCUACUACAGAUGAAGAAUCUGGAAAUACAGGACACGGAUCACGGGCUCCACAGCACGAUUGUGCGAUUUGCCUGCUCCCUAUCGAUACGGCUCCACAAGGCCCUGCGAGACUUUCGAGUGUGGUCGGCAGUCUUGGUCGACUGAACUAUAUGCUCACACCUUGUGGUCAUCUAUUUCACACUGAAUGCUUAGAAAGAUGGAUGCGGAUAAAACUUGAGUGCCCUCAUUGUCGAGCAUAUCUACCAUUUAUUUAGAACACUACAUUCCUUAUAUACCCAUCUCUCAUCGAAUGUAUACAGAAAUAUAGACAAGCGAGGCUGCAG